AUGACGGGCGACAGUUUUAUAAAAUUCCUCAAGCAUUUUGUUCGUCAUGUUCAACCCAACGCUGAUAGGAAACACCUCAUCAUCAUAGACAAUCACGAGAGUCAUUGUUCUGUCGACGCCCUCAACUACGCAAAAGACAACGGAAUCGUUCUUCUCACAAUUUCACCACACACAUCCCACAAGCUGCAGCCAUUAGACAGGACUGUUUUUGGCCCCUUAAAAACCUUUUAUUCUCAGGCAGCAUCAAAUUUUAUGCUGAGACACCCCGGGAGAACAAUCACAAUCUACGACGUUUCGGAACUGUUAGGGGAAGCUUUCCCAAGGGCUAUGGUGCCUACCAAUAUAAUUAGUGGCUUCAGGGCGGCUGGAAUAUGGCCUAUAAAUGCCGACAUUUUCACGGAGAGUGAGUUCAUGACCAGUUUAGUUACGGACCGCCCUCCUCCUUCUCAACUUGAAGAACCAACACAGAGAAGUGUGAUAGCGUCGGACUGCCCUCUCCCUUCUCCACUUGAGGAGCCCGUACAAAGCAGCAGUGUGAGUGAACGCGCGUCCCCAUCCUCACUUGGAGGAUCAGUGCCGAUGCACUUUUCACCACAGGACAUCAUGCCCUACCCCAAGGCAGGUCCACGCUCGCAGUCGUCGCGCGGGAGAAAGCGAGGACGUACUCGCAUCCUAACCGAUACUCCGGAAAAAGCAGCCAUCGAAGAACAAUCAAAUAAAAAGUUGGCGAAGAUAGCAGAGAUAGAAAUGAAAAGGAAGAUUAAAGAAAAUAGGCCUACCAAGAAAACAGUGAGACAAAUCUUUUCACUAAAAAAAAUUGACGAUGACACCUCAUCUGAUUCUGAUGAAUGUCCUCCACUUCCAUCAUCGUCAGGGGGGGGAAGAAGAGUUAUGCAGUGA